AGGUGGUUGCGCCUAUCCGGAGGAAGACGCAACUAGCAAAGAAGCCUCCGCGCUCACAUUUACCAAAGCGCCUCCCGUUUUAGCCAGCAGGCUACACUUUCAAGCGUUUCCGCCACAAACGGCGUUUUUCUCAGACGCAGACGCUCCGUCUCAUCCCGCCGCCCGCGUCGCGCCGGGCACUCGGCUGGGAAUUGGAUUUCCGUCGCACGCAACUUAACGCAGGCAGCGGCUGCGUGGACCGGCGUGUUCGGCGCCUCCUCGCAGCGGAUUUACAAAGCCUCCGCGGAGCCCGCAAUGAGGUCCAGCACCCCGGACAGCGCCUGAGCGCGUCAGCACCCCGGACAGCGCCUGAGCGCGUCAGCACCCUGGACAGCGCCUGAGCGCGUCAGCACCCUGGACAGCGCCUGACUGGAGGUUGUGGAGCAGGAGGAGGGGGAGGAUGGAUCUCCGGCCCCGCGUUGGAGCCCCCCCCCCGAGGAGCUGGCGUCGGACGCAAGGCCUCGUGGGCCGCUGACCUGCUGUCCCGGUGAUUGAUGGCGGCUGGGGGCCUCCGGCCGCCGCAGACUCCUCUCCUCUCUGUUGCAGGACCGCAAGGAGCAUCCGAGGAGGAAUCCCUCACGCGGGCGAGCUGCGACCUGGCGUCCCGAAAUAAACACCUCCAUAAACACUCCCGCACGGCCGCCGUCCGACCGCACGUCUGUUAACGCGGGGGGGGCGCGCCCAUCGCCAUCCGUCAUGGUGCGGAGCUGCCGCUGCAGCCGCUGCUCGGGGGUGGAGCUGAAUCCAGGGAAGCGCCGAGUGACGAGGCGGUGCUCCCGUUUCCACGUGGCCUGAGCGCGACCGGCAGCCAGCACCUCCACGCCGACCCAACGGGCCGCGACUGACGGCGCCCGGCGCUGCUUCCAAACCCGACUGACGCUGUGCACCACUAGCUCGUACUGGACUCUACCACACCAUGGUGUUGCCGCCCCCCGACAAACGCCACGUGUGCCUGACCACCAUCGUCAUCAUGACCAGCAUGGCCUUCAUGGACGCCUACCUGGUGGAGCAGAACCAGGGUCCGAGGAAGAUCGGGGUGUGUAUCAUCGUGCUGGUGGGGGACGUGUGCUUCCUCAUCGUGCUGCGCUACGUGGCCGUGUGGGUCGGCGCCGAGGUGCGCACGGCCCGCCGCGGCUACGCCAUGAUCCUCUGGUUCCUCUACAUCUUCGUGCUGGAGAUCAAGCUCUACUUCGUCUUCCAGAAUUGCAAAGCCGACAGGAAGAGUCUGGAGACGGUUGCGCGGAAGGCGUUGACCUUACUGCUGUCCGUGUGCGUGCCGGGCCUGUACUUGGUCCUAGUGGCUCUGGAUAGCAUGGAAUACGUGAGGACUUUCCGGAAGAAGGAGGACAUGAGGAGUCGUCUGUUCUGGGUGGCGCUGGACCUACUGGACCUGCUGGACAUCCAGGCGAACCUGUGGGAGCCGCAGCGAACGGGCCUCCCCAUCUGGGCCGAGGGCCUGAUGUUCUUCUACUGCUACAUCCUGCUGCUCAUCCUGCCCUGCGUGUCGCUCAGCGAGAUCAGCAUGCAGGGCGAGCACAUGUCGCCCCAGAAGAUGAUGCUGUACCCGGUGCUGAGCCUGGUCACCAUCAACGUGGUCACCGUCCUCAUCCGCGGCGUCAACAUGGUGCUGUUCCAGGACAGCCGCGUCUCCACCAUCUUCGUGGGCAAGAACGUGGUGGCCAUCGCCACCAAGGCGUCCACGUUCCUGGAGUACCGCAGGCAGGUGAAGGAGUUCCCGCACCCGCAGAACGCCAUGGCCCUGGAGCUGCAGCAGAACUCGGUGGGCCACGCGCAGCCACUGCCCAACGCCACCACUCUACCGCACGAGCCCUCGCCGGCGCAGGACGUCAUCGACACAUGAUGACGGGCGCCGCCAUCGGCCGCCGGGCGCGGGGACGAUAGAGACAUCAGCUGCAUGACAGGAUGACGGUCUGCUCUUGUCAAGCCCACACAAACUACUGUGAAACCAUAAAAGAGAUUUUCAGCAUCGCCUGCCUGUCAGAACAGACUGUAGAGCUGCAAUCGACUCGACUAGCGUCAACCUGAAGUCCAAACUUUGUAUUGUGCUAUUGUGUUUUUAAUUAUGUCAAACGUUUUAAAGGUUCAAUCUUUACUAAGAGACAAUCUCCACAGUGACAUUAUGUCGUGUAGAACGGACAGCUGGUCCUCCCUCGCCGAGCGUCUUGUGUUUUUAAAAGGUCACUUUUUCGACGGUGCAUCUGUGGCAUUUCUUUUGAAUUCCAGCACAAAAGGACGCGGCGCUCAGCGUGAAGCGCUGAUGGAGAGGGGAGCGAGAGGGAGGCGAGGGUCGUGCUGUGGGAGGAGGGAGACGCGAGCGGUCGCCGUGCGCGGAAUUGCAAAUGAGACGAAAACAUUUCAUGAUGUCAGAAAAAAAACAAAAUAAACUAAACGCGAUGGGGAGAAGAUGCUUUUCGUUUCCUGUACUGCACAUUCCUCUAAAACUUAAUCUUAAGCCUUGAAAUCCAAGAGUCCGGAGAACGCCUCAAUGAAUAAAUGAUAAAAAAAACGUUAUUAUAAUCACAUACAGACAGAAAAUGCAUUUUCUGAUAUUAUUCAGUUUAAUAUUAUUAUUAUUAUGUACAUUCUUUACUUCUUGGAGGCCAAUGACGUUUUAAUAAAAGCAUAAAUAAAAGAA